UCUUCCAGGACGCUGAUUUUUGCUGGAGACAAAGCUUGGAAAAGGCCGCCAUCAAUUGCCACUUGAUCCAUGGAAAGCAGGAAAAAGAAAAUCACAGGCCAAGAUAGAUUUGACCAAGCUUUACGUCUUAGGGCUCUUGAGCAAAUAGAUAUCUUAGUAUAUUCCGUGGCUAUGGCGGGAGCAAGCGAUCGGCCGCUGCACGUCCUUUGCCUCCACGGCUUCCGGACGAGCGCUCGGAUCAUGGAGAGGCAAGUCGGGCUGGCGCGGUGGGGAGCGCCCGUGAUGGAUCUCUUGAAGCUGAGCUACUUGGAUGCCCCAUUUCCAGCCGAGGGCCCGUCCACUGUCCAGGGAUUUUUCGAGCCGCCCUUCUACGAAUGGUAUCGUACAAACAAUGAUUUUACCGAGUUCUAUCAAGUCGAGGAGUGUAUCUCUUACAUCUCCGAUUACAUGAAGUCGCACGGUCCAUUCGAUGGUUUGAUGGGAUUUUCACAGGGGGCAUUUCUCGCAGGACAACUAGCUGGAUAUCAGCGUUUGAAGGAAGAUCUUCUUCCUACGCCGAUCAAGUUUGUGAUCUUGAUCGGCGGAGGUAUGUCUGGAUACAAGCCCAUGUCGGCGGCUUACGACACUCCAAUCAAGUGUCCUUCGCUCCACACAAUCGGAAGGAAGGACUUUAAUCGCCCGGCCGGGGAGACACUCGUGACAAAAUUCGAGAACCCAGUGAUCUUGAGGCAUCCUCAUGGUCAUCGUGUUCCAGAGCUUGACAACGACUCCAUCGCCGAAUUUCGAUCCUUCCUUCUAAAGAUGCUGGCUUUGCGAGACGAAGACGAAGAUCCAAAGGAGCAUUUGGAAAAAUCCACUUGAAUGGCGUCCAAAUUCAAACUUAGGGUUCUUAAAGUUAGGCGCCAUUUCUUGUUGCUAUGGGCAUUUAGAUUUGUAUGAAUGUUCUUAGAAAGCAAA